AUGGUAGAGCUAGGAAUUAGAUUAGAUAGUAUUAAUGAUAAAUCAGAUAUUGAUAAUAUAAGUUAUAUGAAUAACGAUAAAAAGUCUGAUAAAGAUAAAAACUUUAAUAAUAGAAAUAGAAAUGACUAUAAUAAUUAUUUUAGACCUGAUAAUAAUUUCAGAAAUAAUUUAGAAAUUAAUAGAGAUAGAGAUAGGAAUUACAACAAUAAUUUUAGAUACUAUGAUAGGAAUUACGGUAAUAAUAAUUCGAGAUACCAAGAUAAUUUUAACAACUAUAACUACAACAACUAUCGCUACAACAAUAAUAAUCAAUCUAAUUAUGGUAUAAAUAAUACAUGGCAUGAUAAUAAUCAAAGAAAACAGAUCCAAUACGGUGACGGAAAUCGUAACAUUUACCAAUCUUAUAACAACAAUUCAAAUAAUUAUAGAGGUAGCGACAAUAAUCAGAGAAAGCAAAUACAAUAUAACAACAACUCAAAUAAUUAUAGAGGUAGUGACAACAAUAAUAGAAAGCAAAUACAAUACAACAACAACGAUUUCAAUAUGAAUAUUGAAUAA